AGGAGGGCUGGUGGUCGUGACAAAGCAUUGACAGUCUGAGUGACCCCCCUGAUUUCAGGCUGACCUCGGCUUGUUUAGUUCCCCGUUGCUGCCGGUGCCAGUGACGGUGUCUGAGCUGAACUCUGGGUGGUGUGUGUGUGUGCAGAUGGACGGACCGUUAGGGUGGAGUCCUUAUAUUCCCAAGAGGGUGGAGGCAGAGGUCAGGGGUCAAAGCCCCCAACUGACUCCACUCCCAGCUCUGCGUCUGGGGACGUGCAGGGAUCCAGAAUGAAGCGCUCCUCACGGCCCAGCAGCAUUAUGCAGUGUGUGUGUGUGUGUGUGUGUGUGUGUGUGUGUGUGUGUGUGUGUGUGUGUGUGUGUGUGUGUGUGUGUGUGUCUUCUGCACAAUGAAGCAGUGCAGCUGGCACGUGCCACACACACACACACACACACACACUCUCUCUCUCUGUUUUAAUGCAUAUUCAUGAGGUUGGACGCCUGCUCUGUGUGAGGAGACAAUGGAGCAGAGGACAAAGCCGUGCAGACUCAGCUGCAGGAGGAAACAUCCGGAUGAUGAAGCGUCACGUUUCAGAAUGUGAAGGAAGUCGUUGGUUCAUGUGAGGAGCUGGAGAUGCUCACUCAGCUCAUCGCUCUUUAUCUCAGACUGUUCUUGAUUCACACGCAGACAUUAGUUUAUUUACAGAAAUAUGUAACUGUGUCAUCAGCAGAGGUGGAAACAAUAGAGCAGCAUCAUGUUUAGAUGCCCCGGCAGCUUUCAGCUUGAAGCCCACAGAUUCAGAGUCUUUGAAUAAAGUGCAUCACUUUGACAUGUGACCAGCAGCAGCAGAGUCUGAGCAGCUGCAGUGCAGACACACAAAUCCACGUUUUGGUCUCCAGGUUUAAAAUGCAAAGAAGAAAGAAAGUGCAUCAGCCUGCAGGAUAAAUCAUCUGCUGCAACACAAAGACUCUGUCCGUGAUAACAGGCAUGUGGUGGGAGGGGAAGGACUGUCCCAGCUCAGUGAGUCCCUGCUGGACUCUGUGGACCCUCCUACAGAGAAUCAACUUGAACCAAAGCCCGCCCCUCGGUUCAUUGUGGGGACUUUAUCAGCUCCUACAUGUUGCUGCGCUGCAUAGACCCAGCAGAGCGGAGAGCGGGGCAGCUGCAGGCUCCACAUGCGGACAGCUCUUCACUCCUCAGGAUGGAUCUUCUGGAGGGGCGCGCUCCCUACGACUACACCUUCAAUUUCUGGAACGACUACCUCGGCCUGUCGACACUUGUCGCCAACAGUAAGACCAGCAGCCCGUCCUGCAACCCGAAUUCUAUAACCGAGUCUCUGAAAGCGACCCUGGGCUUGGAGGACGAUGCCCCGGUUUGCUCGUGCGUAAUUGGGCACGGCAGGGACGGCGACGGACACUUGGAGUGCUGCUGCGCGGCCCCGGGCUCCCCUCCGAUCUCCAUCUAUGACCUGAAGGAGCGCAUCUCGCUCCUCAGGCCUUACGAACACCUGGCUGCUGGUUCGCCUCUGGCAGACACAGAUCCAGCCUCCUACAGGGGGGGCUUCGCCGGCCUCGACCUGCUCUCCAUGGACAGAAGGCGCAAACAGACUCAGAGGAGCAAACCGGAGCCGAAGCUGUGCGUCUUCUGUCGGAAUAACGGCGCACCGGAGGAAGUUUACGGCACCCACAUCCUGAAGACAGCGGACGGCAGGGUGCUGUGCCCCAUCCUGCGGGCUUACACCUGCCCCCUGUGCAGCGCCAACGGCGACAAUGCGCACACCAUCAAGUACUGCCCGCUGUCCAAAGACCAGGCGAGCCAGAGAGCGGCGAAGGGAGGCAGGGCGCCCGGCAAGAGGCUGAAGAUCUUCUGAGGAGCUGAAGAUCUUCUGAGGAGGCUGGAGAUCUUCAGAGAGGAGCUGAAGAUCUUCAGAGAGGAGCUGAAGAUCUUCAGAGAGGAAGAAGUUUGACUGUACAUUAGAGAGUGUGUGUCAGAGACUCCUUCAUGUUCUGCAGAGAGACUGACGCUCUUCUGGUCUGCUGGUCUUCCUCACUCUGGACACUCAGCUGCACCUGUCAAUGAACACCUGCUGCUUCCGCACGUGCAUGUGAGCUGCAGGAAGCCGCGCGCUCUGACACACCUGAGCUUCUGUUUUCUACCAAAGGAAUAUUUCAUGAAGCUGAAUGUUUCUCAGAUGCUUCAUGUGCAUUCUGAAUGUAACGUGCACCUGCAGCCAGAGUCCUCACCUGUCCAUCUGACUGUAACUCUGUGCACGCGCCUCAGUAAACAUGUCUGCAUUCUUUGACUUCUUCAGACAGCAGCUGGUGAAGCUAAGGCGCCACCUAGUGUUCAAAAGUCUGAACGACAACAUCACCUGCAGCAAGGCUGGUUUAAUAAAGAUGAUUAUUAUGAUGAACAAGAGGCAACAGUUCUUCUAUUUAAUGUUUAAUGAUGCAUCUUUGUCUGAGACGAGCCAAUACUCAUCAACUCACAUGUUGAAUAGAUUGAUUACACGGAGUGAAAUAUUGUAAUAACUGUUUAUUUCUUCAUGAUCACGUCUCACAGAUAAACUCAAAAUUCAGAAUCUCAGACAAUGAGAAUAUUGUGAAAUAUAAUAGACUCGUUAUGUGGAACUCUAAUCAGCUAAUGAACUCAAAACAGCUGCAAAGGUUUCCUGAGCUUUCAACAGUCUGACUGAUCCUCCACAAAGGGUGAGUGCUAAGGAAGCUGCUGAUAUUCAAACCCUGAGAGCAUCGUGAGGCUGGAUCAGGAUCAGGACAUGAACUGUCACAGUCACUCCUGAACCAGAGACGUCCGAAGCUUCUUACCGGGUCAAGGAGAAACACCACUGGACAGUUGCUCAGUGGUUCUUUUCAGAUGAAAGUAAAUGUUACAUUUGAUUUGGAAAUCAUGGUCCCAGAGUCUGGAGGACGAGUGGACAGGCACACAAUCCAAGUUACGUGAAGUCCAGUGUGAAGUUUCCAGUCAGUGUUGGUUUGAGGAGCCGCAUCAUCUGCUGGUGCUGGUCCACUGUGUUUCACAGCAGCACUCCAUGUUUCCUUCUGCUGACAUUUUCCUGCAGGACUUGACACACUGAAGAACCAAGACCUGGUUAAAUGACCACCUGAAGCACACAUGGAGAAUCUAUGGAGCGUUGUCAAGAGACCUAUCAAAGCAACCUGAGCUUCCAUAACACCUGAGCAGCACAGGCUGAUCACCUCCAUGCCACGCUGCAUCCAUGCAGUAAUUCAUGCUAAAGAAGCACUGAGUGCAGAUGAAUGGACAUAUGGAUGAGUCUGUUUCUGUAUUAAACAUCUUUUUUUCUGAUUUUCUGAGAUACUGAAUUUAGAGUUUUUAUUAUCUGUGAUCAUGAAAUAUUUCACUCUGUGUAAUGAAUCUAGAUCAUAUGUGAGUCUGAGGUGCACCUGUACAGAUCUUAGCUCACUAAGAAAGACAUGAACACGUUUGUUCCCUUUAAUACUUCACCUGCUAUAAACAGUAUGAAUCUAUCUACCACCAUCAUUGUUGGGGAUCAUCAUCUUUCUGUGCAGACAGCUGCUGGGCACAGGGUUGAUGCUAACCUCUGACUCAGACCGUCUCAAAUAAUCAGCCGAUUGUUUCAAACAGUCAGAUUAAAAGAUUUGAACAGACCCGUUUCAUCGACCUCCACUGGAAACAGACGUCCAAGAACAGUCUGUCUGUGAAGGUCCAAACAUCGUCCUCCAGCCUUCAGUGAUGAACCUGGACCUUCAGACACAGAUAAGAGAACUGAACUAACUCAUUCAUGUGAAUGUUUCCUCUGCUGACGCCUGUUUUCUGUCGAUUAUGAAACAUUUCCACUCAGACAUAUUUGCUAAUUAAAAUGUUGUGACUCAUGACAAAGACAAAUCAUUGGUCCAUCUUCCUCUGAGUAUCUGUGAAUCUUUCGAGCGUGUGGACGUGGAGGUGGGGAAGAUAUGUCUUCCAGUAUGUUGAAUGUGGACUGCAGUACAUUUAAGCUCCGGAUGUCGGUGUUUCAUAUUAGUACUGCUGUUUGUUGUUUGUUCAGCUGCUCUGACCUGAUGCUUCUUCAAUCCGUUCAUAUCAUAAUCGUGCAGCUUGUAGUGAAAAAGCAUUUGUAGAGAGCUUUGCUCACCUUGAUUCAGUGUGUCGAUGUCUGAGUUUGCUCUUUAAUGAACUACUGAUGUAACAUAUGGUGAAGAAAGUUGAAUCUCAAAGGUCCACUUACCUGAGUAACACACCUGAAGGAUUCAGGAGUGAAGCUGUCUGCUGGACUGCAGAGUCCAAACUGCAGACUAAAGACUCUGAGUUCAGUUCAUGUGUUUUGUUCAGUUUUUCGACCACAUUUAAGUCCAUAACAGACUUUUUAAAUUUAUUUCCUUCAUUUCACCUUUUUUCUUGGUUUGUCUGAGCACAAAUCACAACAACUCUUUUUCAAAGUCUGUCCUUCAGGAGUGAAGCUGCUAUGUGAUUUUCUGCAGAGUCCACACUGCAGUC